GCAAUAUUUUGAAAGUCAAUCCAUUACACAUGGCAAAAGUAGAACUAGGUAAACGACGAGGCGUUUAAUCAAUUUCCGGGCCGGCCAUUUUUCAUUCCUGUUACACAACUAAAGGGCAGCAUCACCGGAGAGGGAGAGAGAGCAUCCUUUUAACAGGUAUUUUAGCCUACUGACCAGAUGGAAGUCACUUAUUACAAUUUAUUCACUUAUCAUCAUUGGAUUAACUGUACAGCUGUGUUUGGACAUGACACAAAGCUCAAGUUUUUCUCCUAAAAGUUCUUCAACAGAUUUUUCGAGGAGAGCGAGCAGGAUGAGAUUUACAUACAGGUACUGACCCUGGCACAUCUCACAAUGGAAAGAGUCCAGCUCCUACUGUGGAGUUUUAUUGCAGAGCCAGCACAGUGCACAGAGGAGUCCUGACUCCCAGCAGCAGCCAUGUGAGAGAAGCUGUCAGCAAGCAGAGGAUGCCCACGUCCAGCUAAAGCUGAGCUGCUCCCCUCCCUCCCUGCCUCCUGCUCCCUCCCUUCCUUCCCACAUGAGGACGAGAAGAUGACUAUCACCAGCCGGCAGUCCUUCAAUGUCCUAACAGUCAUCUUCCUCCUGCUGUCCACUGCAGCUCUCUCAGCUCAUUACCGGGUGUGUGAACCCUACUCGGACCACAAGGGGCGUUAUCACUUCGGCUUUCACUGCCCACGCCUCUCAGACAACAAGACCUACAUGUUCUGCUGCCACCACAACAACACAGCCUUCAAGUACUGCUGCAACGAGACUGAGUUCCAGAUGGUCAUGCAGAUCAACCUCACCACCACCUCUGAUGGUUAUGCACACAAUAACUAUACAGCCCUGGUCGGAGUGUGGAUCUAUGGCUUCUUCGUCAUGGUGCUGCUGGCUCUGGACUUUCUCUACUACUCAGCCAUAAACUACGAGCUGUGCCGGGUCUACCUGGAGAAAUGGGGUCUGGGAGGACGCUGGCUGAAGAAGGCUCGGAGUCAGUGGCAUAGGUCCAUGCCAGAAGAGAGCGAAGCCCAGGCUCAAGCUCAGCCUAUGGUCCCUAGUCACUACCAGCCCAGACACAGCCUCCGGGGGGAGAGCCACAGCCCCACGCUCCUGCCCUACAACACCUCCACCGCAUGAAUGAUGCUGUGAGUGGACAAAAUGAAGAGUAGCAACACCUUGUUUCCUUACAUGGUACAGAAGAGAUGCCCCACAGACAUCCAUCUUUGGACCACUGACGCAACACCACUGGUGGGCUAGCCAUACUGUAGUAGUUCACAGAGACUACUGCCCCUUUUUAAUGAGCACAAAACACCCAUGGACUGACAGAGGCAGGCUGACAUGGCAUUUAAAAACUUAGCUGAACAAAGGCUGUGAGGAAACACAGAGGGCCAUACUGCUGCUGUCACAGCAAAGGAGCGACAGACACACUCAACUGCUCACAGGUGUUCAGUCCAAGGCCUGGAGUAUCCCAAACAAAUCCGAGCUGAACUGGAUGAACUGUACUCGCAAGCGAGAAAGCUUGCCUGUUUUUAAAAAAAAAGCUCAUCUUUCUAGAUAUAAAAUGUUUAUUACACUGCUGUGUCAGUUUGUGUUCAGUAGCAAUUAGACACAGUUGUGGGUUAUCUAUUUGGUGAUUUAUUUAUGUGAACUAGUCAGAGAAAUAUAUGAGUGGUUAACAUUCGGAACAUGUAACAGCUUAGGUUGAUGCUGAGCAUCUCACUUAGAGUAGAAUGUUUUGUUACUCGCUGAAUCCAGACACAAAAUGUCUGCAGCCAUGUUGAAAAUUAAUAUCUUGUAUGAAAUGUUUUAGGUCUCCUUUCUGCAAAACAAGUGUUUUCUCUAUUAUUGUAACGUAUCUGACGAGGACAUAAUGCCAUACAGUUUAACUGCUGUAGAUCUAAAGGUUUUACAUUAGGUCAUCAAGAUUUCUUUUAGGUUUAUUGAGGAAAAGGAUCUUGACACUCAAUAAGUUAUUUCACCCAAAACAUUAAUGAGGAUCAGGGAUGCCUUCGCAACAGCAAAGAGCUGUAUGCUAUGUUAAACAUAACCUUAACCCUUGGCUACAAGCCUAUUCAAGACCAUUACUUACAAAGUUAGCAUGUGACAGUUGCCUCGGUAACUUCAUUCAAUGACUUGUUUGCCCUUCCUCAUUACCGGAGCUGCUUGUAACAGCUCCAUUAGCAAUAUAAUGCAAAUGAAUAUCCAUUUGGUUCUUUUAUAAGGAGCGCUCUAUAUCCCACACUGGUAAUAGACAAUUGUAAGCGAUUAGCCAUAAUAGAAAUGUAAAAGAAAAAAAAAAAGACAUUAAAACCCCCUUCACUGUCAGCAAUAAUGUACAGUAGCUUAAUCUGAGAGAUGACAUGGUAUGUAGAAGUCAGAGCGGCUGGCCAAAUGAGUGCACAGUGCACGGGGUAUUCACUGAGGUGUAUCACAGAGGGGUUUGCUCAGUUUACAUUUAAAUAAGAAGGUGAAGUCAAUGAAACAGACAUAGUAUAGUAUUUCUAGAUAAUGAAGUCAUAUUGGGAAAGGUCUGACAUUUUCAAAAGAAACGCUUUUACUUACUAGGGCUGCAAUUAAUGAUUACUUCCAUCAUCAAUUGUGAUUUUAUCCAUUAAUCGAUUAACCAUUUGGUCUAGAAAAUGUCAGAAGAUUGUGCAGAAUACCCAUCAUUUCCUACAGCCCAAGGGGAUGUCUUCAGAUGUCUGGUGACCAACAGUUUAAAACCUAAAGCUAUUAAAUUCACUAUUCAUGUUAGGAUAAGAAACACAUCAAAUCCUCACUUUUGAGAAGCUGGAACUCAUUUGUUCAGUAUUGUUUGCUUGAAAAAAAAACUUUCCAACUAGUUGCAGAACAAUUUUCUGUCAAUCAACUAAUACAAAUAAACAAUUUCUACUUGUUUCAGGCUCUACUAGAGAAGGUUUCACAUCAUGUGCAAAUCUGAAUUAGCUGCUAAAAUAUACGGUACGUUUUUUCAGUAAUCCAUAAAAUGCUGUCCUUUCUGAUUGAGGAAAGCAAACAAAGCAGCUGUUGAUGCCAGACUGUGUACGAGCGUCAGAGAGUGAAGACCAGGUGGACAGAAAGUAGAUACAGUAGGAGAGGGGUGUCUGUCCCAAUCUUGCAUCUGCAACUGGGAAUCUGGCAGCUGCCAUGCCUGAACGUGCACACAAUCUGUGGUCUGUGCACGAAUUGCAGUGUACUCGCUGAAAGCUAAGAGGAGAAUCCCCACAAUUGUUGAAGGAGUCUCUAAGCCACCUGGAUCGACACAAAAAUGUGCGGACAGAAAAGAGCCAGCCACGAGACUUGCCAUCAUAUUUAUCCUCUCUGUUUCAUCAAGUGGGCCCUAACACAACUCUGGUCAAGUGCUAUAAAUGCAGGGCCUGUCGGCGUCAUCCUCAGUUAUCAGCAAUAAUAUUCACAUUUGCUGAGUUGUUAGAGCAAGUUAAUUCCCCAUUUCAGUAGCUAAAGUUUAAUUGCGUUGUGUGCCCCAGCAGGCUUGUGCCAUCGCUUUCAGGGGAAGAGAAAUAGGAUGUGUCCAAGUAAAAUAAUUGGCCACGAGAUCAGCAGUGGCUCUAAAUUACGCUCUCUUGCUCUUUCUCUCUGUAGCUGCCUCCCUUUCCCAAAGUGUGAACAAGCAGCGGCUAACAUAGGAGGAGAAUUUUUUAACAGGUGCAGCAGCACAAAGGGGAUUUAAUUAGUCCUCAAUGCUGGAUAAGUGGGAAAAAUCUGAUAUGUUAGAGAACAUGUCGCUUUUCAGGGCUCUAUGCUGUGUGCUCUGACCUGUAAUAAGGCAAAGUGGGUCUGUUCUUAUCACCAAUAAAAUAGUGACACCCAGGGGGAAAAAAAAACUUUAUUUUGUCUCUUAUAAGUAGUAGCAGGGUCAAAAUGUAUUCCUACUCAAGAGAUAUACGAGGAGUCUUUCCCCUCUUCUCAAAAUGUUACAACUUGGUUUUGUGAUGUUUUCUGUUUUGUUGAAAACAGUCUCGACUCUGACCUGAUGUGAUGUGGUACUGUAAAUCGUAUCAGCUCGACCCUCUUCCCAAAUAAAAAAACAAAAUUAAAAAAAUAAAUUAAAAAAAAAUAAAUAAAUAAAAAAUAAAGGAUGGGAAGAAGGGAGCACACAUCUGUUUCAGUCUCUCCAGGUUGUCAUGGUAACAGUUGCCUUACAGUUGAAUACCCACCUGUACACAGAAACUAUGUAGUGGUUGAUACCUCACUUUUUGGGUGUGGUGGUGAUGAUAAUGUGCACCACGUUCUGUCUACAGUAUGUAUUUACUACUAGAUAGAAUGUUCAGUACCGUUUUCAGUUGGAUUGUUAUUGCACUUGUUGACUUUGUAUUGUCACGACGACAGGGAGAAAUAAAGUUUUAUCUUUUCCAGUG